AACACCGGAGCAGAAGGGUUCUUGUAAACAUGAGCAGACAGAAGUUCUUCACUGCUGCUGAAGUCUCGGCUCACAACACAGCGGAUGACCUGUGGGUGUCGUUCCUGGGUAAAGUCUGCAACCUGACCCCCCUGAUGAACCAGAACAAAGGCGACCUUCUGCUGUUACCCAUCAUGGAGUUUGCAGGAAGUGACAUCAGCUGCUGGUUCGACCCUGAAACCAAAGACAUCCUGAAACAUGUGGAUCCACUGACCAACUGUGUGAGGUACUACACCCCCAGGGGGCGCUUCGUGCACGUCUCCCCUACCGGUCCCCGCUCCAAUUGGGCCAACGACUUUGCAGAGCCCUGGUGGAAGGACCGGCGCUACGAGGUGGGAGUGCUGACAUCUAAAGCCAGGUGGAUAAGAGUCAUCAACGUGCAGACGUCCCAGGAGCAGCAGCUGCAGGUGUGUUCAGAGGAGACUCUGGACGAGAUCCUCCAGCGUUACCUCCGCUACAACUCUCACGCCCGUAGCUACAGCUGGAAACAUGAAGGAGUAAGUCUGGACAUGAGCAGGACGCUCAGUGAAAACAACGUCCCUGAUGAAGAUCACAAGCUGGAGGAGCUGCGACUGGACAGCGACCUCUUCAUCACCGCCCUCCUCCUCCACUUCAGUGAUGACCUCACAGAGGGAUGACCUCUGACAUCAUGAGAGCCCAGUAGACAGGUGUGACAUCACAACACCAGUGUCACCUGACAGGAAAAUGAACUGCAGCUGUGAGAAAAGUAAAUAAAUAAAAAUUAAGGGAGCUUCUGUAUUUUGGAUACUGAUUGAUUAUCAUAUCAUGUUAUUCUACAGUUGUGUUUCCGAAAUACAUAUAUGUAAAUGUAUAUCUAUACACACACAUAUGUAUGUGCGUGUCGAUCUAUAUAAAAACAAACACACAUUCAUAUAUGAAUAAAUAAAUACACACAAAACAUAUGUAUUAUAUCAGUGGAUAUUUGUGUGGGUUUUGUUAAUAUCAAUGUUGACUUGUGUUGUGACCGUGUUGGGCUCAUCCAGUUUCCAUUAGAUCAACGCCUUGUGGGCGGAGCUCUGGAGCAGCAGCGGUCACUUUGUAUCAAAAGUUUAAUUUGAGUUUGUGAACUUCUGUGUUCUCAGACAACACAAAGAUUCUCACGAUGGUUAAAAUUGAUGAAGUUUCAGUAUCACCAUAAACAGGAAGUGUUGAUAAAUACCACAGUGGUACAACACUACUCUGCCAGUCAGGCAGUGGGAACCAUUGGGGUAUUUGACUCUGAUUACUCCAGCCAAACAUAUGUUGGUGAUAUAUAUUUUUUUCUAAUAUAAUAUAGACUAUAGUUCUGAGAGGUUGAUAUAAACCUAAAGAGUCCUCAAAUGGUUAAAUUGAGGAAGUCAGUUUUAGCGUCAUAUAAAACAGCAAACUCAUAGCAAACUAAAGAUGCAGAACAAGGAAAGCUGUGAACUUUUAGUGAAGUGAGGACUGGACGGUUUCAUAUUAAAAUAGAGAAGAAGACAAGUCCUCAGAAAACAACCAGAUUCUUCUUCAUCCAACUUCAACAGAGACAGAGACGAUGACACGUCAACUGCGCAUGAAGGAACAAGACGAGAGCGUCCAAUGGAUUGACGUACCUCAGUCUGUCCCUGUCCCUGUCUCAGGUGUCUACAGGUUUACACGUUUGAUGGUUCCUGCUCUGGCAGUGACAGUCUUCCUGAUUCUGAUCAUAAACCUGGGAGUUAGCUGUGAGCACUCACACAUUAAUUAAGUGCAUGAAUUAAAUGAUCAUGUACAUUUAGCAGGAAAUACAAGUAAGAUGCUUUAUGAAGUGUGUGUGUGUGUGUGUGUGGGGGUUUGUUUGUGUGUGUAUGUUUGUGUGUGUGUGUGCGUCAGUGUCGGAGGAGUUGAAGCAACUGUCGGUCAUUGACUCUUUGAGCAGUCUUACUUCGAACAAAUGUUCCCUCGAACAAAUCAUCAACAACAGCUCAGGGUUGGACGGUUGUUGUCCUCCUGAUUGGAAACUCUCUGGCUCGAGUUGU